AGAAGACGAACCGGCCAAGAUGGAGCUGAGCGCCAACGGCGACUCCCAGAAGUCAAAUGACGUUGCAGGUGCGAUCAAUGUCGACUGUCCUUCAAUUCACGCCGUCCAGCUCGAUGAGCUCAAUGCUGCGGACCGAGCACUUGCAGAGCAUUUUGGAUAUAAACCUGUGUUCCAACGCCACUUCGGCUACCUCUCAACCUUCAGCUUCGCCGUCAGUAUCUCCGGCCUCUUCGCAACGAUCACCACCACGUUCUCCUACCCACUGUACGCCGGUGGCUCCGCAUCAGCCGUCUGGUGCUGGUUGAUCUCCGGCUUGGGUUGCAUGUGCAUUGCUUGCUCUGUGGCCGAGAUUGUCUCUGCCUACCCAACAUGCGGCGGCCUCUACUACAGUGUUUCUCGUCUCGCUCCUAAGGAAUGGGUGCCGUCGAUUAGUUGGGCUGUCGGCUGGAUCAACCUCCUGGGCCAAUUAACGGGGAUAGCCUCGUCCGAGUACGGUUCUGCGCAGAUCCUGCUUGCGGCCGUAUCGAUGGCUAGGGAUUUCAGCUGGUAUCCUACCACCGGUAUGACCGUCGGGGUCACGGCAGCGCUAACGGUUUUAACCGGUCUGAUCAACUCGCUGCCAACGUCCUGGAUGGAGAAGAUGACCAAGACAUACGUGAUCUUUCACUUUUCGGUCCUGCUCGCCUGUGCGGUUGCGUUGCUUGUUAAGACUGAGGAGAAACACAGUGCUGCGUACGUCUUUACCCAUGUGGACAAAAUCCCCGAGUCUGGAUGGAAUCCUACUGGGUUUUCCUUUCUCCUAGGUUUCUUGUCUGUGUCCUGGACUAUGACUGGUUACGAUUCGACUGCGCAUAUUAGUGAAGAGAUCAAGGACCCCGAGAUUAUAGCUCCAUGGGCCAUUUUCCUCGCCAUGGCGUCUACCUAUAUCCUAGGCUGGCUGUUUACUAUCGUUCUUUGCUUUUGUAUGGGCGACGUCGACAGUAUUCUUUUCUCUCCUAUCGGCCAACCAGUCGCUCAAAUUUACUAUAACUCACUCGGGAAACGCGGGGGGAUAUUUUUCACCGUCGCUGCCUUCGUUAUCAUACAAUUCGUAUGUUUCACGGCGACCCAGGCGCUCGGCAGGUCGAUCUUCGCCUUCUCACGGGACCGGCUCAUACCUCUCCACAGAAUUUGGAUUCGGAUCGAUAAACGAACCGGUACACCCCUCUACGCUAUCUGGAUCUCAGUCUUCGGGAUUAUUGCGAUUAAUCUAAUCGCGCUCGGGUCCUACACUGCCAUCCUCGGAGUCUUCAACGUCUGCGCAAUUGCGUUUGACUGGUCGUACUGUAUACCGAUCGCGUGCAAGCUAGCCUUUAACAGGUUUAAGCCGGGGCCAUGGACCAUGGGUAAGGCGGGUAUAGUUGUGAAUGCUUGGGCGUGCUUGUGGACACUCUUCGUCAGUAUCAUUUUUGUGGUCCCCGACUUUCGCCCUGUCACUCCGCAGGAUAUGAAUUAUGCGAUUGUGUACAUUGCUGCUAUUGCGCUGGCAUCUGUCUUCUUUUGGUACGUGGGCGGUCGGAACUACUAUCUCGGCCCUGUCGUUGAAGCGGAGGUU